GAAUGAAGAACAGAGAAAGCUAAUAAAGAAAGGAGAGAAAGUAGAGAACACAAAGACAAAAAAGGUUCUCAAUACUCCAUCAUUCAAAAACACACUCCUCUCUCUUUCUCUCUCUUAUCAAGACUUCCAAGGCUCUCAAAGUUUCUACAAAGACAAGGGUGUUAGCUUGGGGGAGAUUCAAGAAAAAAAAAUACAUAUAGAGAGAGGGUAUUAAAAGCAAGAAGGGAAAGCUAGUCUUUUGUAUGUUUGUCACGUUUGUUAGAGGAAAUGAAUAGAGGAAAUUUGUUGCAAAGUUCCCCGGUGCAACAAAUGCUAGCCGGCGGCCCAAACAGCUGGUGGAACAUGAUGCCUACCACCAGACCUUCUCAACCACCACCUCCUCACCACCCGCCGGUCUUUGCCCCUUCGGCACAACCCCACUGCUUUCCUCACCAAUAUGUCCCACCACCACCACCACCACUUUCUUCUCCAUAUCCAUGGCAUGAUAAUCAAGACUAUCCAGAUUCCCUAAGCCAGUUACUUAUGAGCGGAUUAGCCGGUGAAGAUGACAAGCCAGCUUUGAGUCAGAUGCAACAAGUAAAGAAACUGGAGAAUUGGGAACAACUGUUACUACAUGAUCAUCACAACUCUUCUAUAGUGAAGCAAGAAAAUUCAUUAAAUUACGGAUCAUCUUAUGGCCAUGGAAACCUUGAGUUUCAUGGCGUUAAGCAAAACAAUUGGUCGAAUCCAAUGAUCCCGGUUUCAUCUCCUAGUUCUUGCAUCUCUAGCUUGAGCAAUAGCAUGCUUGAUUUCUCUACCACCAUUAGUAACAAGACGGAUGGAAGACACCCUCCACCGGAUCGCUCAUCCGAGUGCAAUAGCACUGCUACAGGUGGGGCAUCCAAGAAGGCUAAAGUUCAACCUUCUUCAAAUCAAUCUACCUUCAAGGUGAGAAAAGAAAAACUAGGGGACAGAAUAACAGCACUUCACCAGCUUGUUUCUCCGUUUGGAAAGACUGACACAGCUUCGGUGCUUUUAGAAGCUAUUGGUUACAUAAGAUUCCUUCAGAGUCAAAUUGAGGCCCUCAGCCUACCUUACCUUGGCAGUGGAUCAGUAAACAUGAGAAACCAACGACAUUCUGUUCAACAAGGAGAGAGAAACUGUUUAUUUCCUGAAGAUCCUGGUCAGCUUCUGAAUGAUAGCUGCAUGAAGAUGAAAGGAUCUGCCCUUGAGCAGGAUCCUCAUGAAGAACCAAAGAAGGAUUUGAGAAGUAGAGGACUAUGUCUAGUUCCUGUUUCAUGCACGAUGCAAGUUGGGAGUGACAACGGAGCGGAUUAUUGGGCUCCAGCUCCAAACGGAGGGUUCCGAUGAACGGAUCAAAGGUGUAGGACAGUCUAGCAAGGGGGCAACAGUUAUGUUUUCGCACGUGUUGAACAAGUUCCUGUCAAGAAAUGAGAUAACAUCAUGAGCAGUCACUCUGCUUAAAAAUAUUUCCAAGGCUGAUUGCUCAUGAUGCUAUGCAUGUUCUUGGUGGGAUACAUAUGCAUGAUCUACUGACCAAAAAACAAAACUUAUCGUUGGGACUUUGGUCAAAAGUCUCUACAACUAUCUACUUAAUUUUUAUGCAUUUGUUUAUCGUUUUCUAUCCAUAGUAUUGGAUCAUCCUUGGCUAGUUCGUAUGAUGUAGAAUUUCUUAUUAAGUGGCAUUCGGGUAUGGUUAAACACGCAAACAGUUACUUACUGUUGUUUACCUA